UUGGAAAAAUUAUUUUGGAUUCUUUCAAGUUUUUUUUAAUUGUGUUUUCCCAUUUUUUUUGACUACAAUGUCAGCCUCAGUUAAUCUAUUUUCAAUUGUAAAUAAUUUAGAUGAUAUUAAAACAACCUUAAUACCUGAAGAUCAAACCAGGCAAGAAAUGUAUCGUGAUGAUGAUUGGGAUAAUCGUUGGAAUUGGGAUACAAGUGAAUUAGUCUAUGAAGAUGAUAAUAAUGAUGAUAAGAAAUAUGUAUGGCUUAAUGAAUGUAUUAUUUCUAUAUCACCAUUUUCAGAUAUGAUGGUCAUUGGACGAUCACGAACAGUAUCCAUAUUUCAUUUGAAACAAAAUUCUAGUAAUAAUCAAACUGAAUUUAAUUCGAUUUAUACUACAACGUUACCUGGAAUUGAAAAUGAUGAAAUACUUACAAAUAUUGUUUUGUUACCCUUUGUAUCACAUAAAAAAUCUGCCGUAAAUUUUCGUGAUUGGACAGCCAUUAUAGUUGGAUUCUCGUCAGGUUAUUUUCGAAUCUAUACGGAAAAUGGAAAAUUUCUUCUAUUGUCACAUCUUUUUCAUGAUGAACCAAUCGUUGAAAUUAAAUGUCGCACAUAUUCUAUCAAUCAGCUAUUAUCGGAUCAAACGGAUGAAAUUCUAAUUAUUUAUCCAACUGCCGUCAUACAGAUUGAUGGUUUUAGUCUAUUUCAAACUAUUAAACUUUGUCGUAAUCGAUUAACAAAAUCGGAUGAAACCAUAGACAACAUUGGCGGAUUUUUCAACACCAAAGAAAGCAAUCAAACACCUUUUACAUUUAAAAAAUGGACAUUUCAGACAUCAUCUGAUGGUCGAAUCUAUGAUUGUGUUAAUGUUUGUUCUUUUGUUAAAAAUGAUUUCGAUGCUUUAGUAUCACAUUCGAUUGAUGGAAAACCAUUAGCCAAUGAUCAUGCUAAUCUUUUUUUCACUACUGGAACUAAUCCUUAUAUUGGAUUUUAUCGUGCACAAGAGGGAACAACACAUGCUAUAAUUGAUGAAUUAUCUCAAUAUUUAAUGAAUAAAGUGAAAAAUAUGUUUUCUUUCUUCAAUCAACAAAAAGAACCAAAUGUCAAAGAAUUGAUUAAACCAUCGACAAACGUUGGAUCUGAUUUAUCUCUAUUCGAUGAACGUUUAGGUCUAAAAAUUUGUCUUUCACCAAAUCGAAGAUUAGCCGCUGUAACCGAUGAUUUUGGCCGCGUAAUACUGUUUGAUAUGCAAAAUUUAAUUGCUGUUCGUAUUUGGAAAGGUUAUCGGAAAGCUGAAGUUGGUUGGAUUGUUAUCGAUGAAGAUUUGGAACAAGAGAAUCGAAAACAGGCACAUUUCCUUGUCAUUUAUGUACCAAAACGAGGUAUAUUAGAAAUUUGGUGUGCGCAGAAUGGACCUCGUGUAACAGCUUUUAAUGUUGGAAAAAAUUGUAAACUUCUCUACAUUGAUCAUACUAUGUUUGGCCUUAAUUAUAUCAUUCUACAAAACAUAAAAAAUACGAUGAGCUUUCAAGAAUAUCAACGAUUUUUUGCAUAUUCAAGAUGUUUUCUAUUUAAUUUUGAUACUGGAACAAUUUUCCGUUUUCAGGUUCCAUUUCUUUGUUCGUUGACCGAUAAGAAUAGUAAAAAAACUCGUGAUAUCCAUAUAUUGAAAGAUUUAAAAAAUCUACUAAAAAAAUCUGAUUCAAUCGAUAAAAUGAUGAAAGAAAAAUUCUACAAUGAAAUAACAAAAUUAAUUUUAAUGCUAAAAACUGCUGAAAUACGACGUGAAUGUAUUGAAUUAAUAUGUAAUACUUGUGAAGAUCCCAAUCUAAUACUUUUAUGUACACGAAAAUUACAUAAUGAUUUACUACAAUCAUUGGAUAAGAAUGAAUUAGAUUUUGAAAACAAAUUGAUUGCACAGAUGUGUACAAGAAUCAUACAACUUUGUCAAUAUUAUAUCAGCAUACAAGAAAGAACUGAAGAAUUGCAGGAAAAAUUUGAAAAUAUCAUUCAUCAAAGUGAGCAACCACCUGAUAUACAACAAUUGAUGGAAAAGCUAGAAGGUUGGUCAGGAAAUGAUGUUGUACGUAUACUAUCAUUAAUUACAUUUCGUCAAUCGAUAUUGAAAAUGGAUCCACAAAUGAAAACAUAUUUAAGUGAAUUAAAUCUAACGAUUACGGAAAUGUUAUCACAUUUUACAUUAUAUUAUAAUCAUCUUGUUAAACGUGAUCAACAAGAAAUUUUCGAAAAUUUACCCAUUGAAAUUAUAUUGAUGAAAGAAGAAACUCAAACAACAUCAAGAAAAUUGGAAGACAAUAAGCUAAAAAUGAUGAAUAUUAAUGAUGAUCAUUAUAUUAAUUUGAAUAGAUUAUCAACAUAUUUAUUUUUUGCAAUAUUCUGUGGUGAUGAAUCUAAUUUGGAAAUUUUAUUGAAUGAUACGAAUAUUAUAUUGUCAAAUUUAUUGCUUCUAUUGUUUAACGCAUGGAUACAUUCAAAAUGUUCAAUUUAUUGGCCUUGUUGGACGACAUUUUCAAUGGCUUUUAGCCAUAUUAUAAAUACAAUAAAUGCUUCACAAAUAGACAACAGAAAUAAUGAAUCAAAUGACGUAAAUGAAAUUCAAUUUGAUUUUUCAUGUUUUGAUGAUCAUCUAAGUCCCAGUUGGAUUGAUAUUAUUAAGCUAAUUUAUAAGUCAACAAAUAUUCCGGCUGCAUUCAUAGCAAUCAAUAUGAUUAAAGCACUUAUACAUCGAAUAAAAGUUGAAAAGAAAAUGGCCGAGAUAAAAGAAAAAGAAUUAAAUGAUAAUGAUGAUGAGAAAAAAUCCUUGCAUAGCAUUGUAUCGGCCGAUAAUGAAUGGGAAACAUUACAUUUGGACAAAGAAAAUCUAAAUUUAUUAUCAAAACAACUUGAAGAUUUAUUUUUACUUGAUUUGUUGCUCAAAUCAUGUAAUUCAUCCGUAAUAACAACAAAUACAGCGCAAACCUUGAAUAAUGGUGUGAAAAAUAUUGAAAACAUAUCAUUAUCAUUUAUAUUGACCAGUGGUCCGGGUAUUGUUUCGGAGAUUGUUGCCCGCUGGGCUGUGUAUCAUAAAAUUGAUCCCAAACUUCUUAGCACAUGUCCACGAAUUGAUGUUGAUUCAACACUAUCUUCAUCGAAUGUAGAAUCGUAUGAUGAGGAAAAAAUUCCAAAAAAUUAUAUUCAAAGUGAUUUAGAAACCGGUUCCAAUGCUGUAAACGAACUUUCAAGAUUAACAGCACAAUCAACAUUGGUCGAAAUUUUAGAUCAUGUUCGACGAUGUUUUCCAAAUUGUCUUGAUUCUGAUAUAUUACUUAUAAAUUGUUUUUGGGAAUUAUUACGACAAUGGAGUAAUCAACCAUUAAUACAUACAAUUGAAAUGGCAUUAGAAUACUUGGAAAAAGUAUCAAGUUCAGUUUUGAAACAUAAUGUUGCUUCAAUGGCAUGGCGUUUAUUUAUACAAAAAAGAUUUGAAAUUCUUUGCAAUCUGAUCGAAAAGAUGGGAAAAAAACCUAAAGAUCGUGUCAUUAAGAAAGAAUUGGGAAUGGAUGAAAACAAUUUGGAAGAAUUUUCAAAUUUUAGCUGUGAUUUAGUAGAUUUUAUGAUAAGAACAAGUGCAUCAUCGGAAACAGAAGCAUUGCCCUUAUAUACAAUGGAUGAUUGGUGGAAUAGUUUUAAUUCAUUGCAAUCAUAUAAUACGAAUUAUAAUGAAGAAUUCAUCAAAUAUGAUUUACAAACAACAACCGGCAACAAAUCUAAACAACCCAAGCAGCCAUCAUUAUUGAAUGAAUCAUCAUCAUUAUAUUCGUUGAACAUUCCAUUAGCAGUGAUGGCAAUGCAUCAAAAAAUGGCCAAUAUUGAUCUAUUGAUUGAAUAUUAUCAUCUAGCACAAUGUAUUCAAUUUAUUAUAAUAUUUUCUGUGCGAAAUGUUCGUCCAUUAUCAUUGUUUCCAUCAUCGAUACGAGCAUAUUUUUUUAAAGAUCUUGUUUCAUUUCUAUCGAUUGAUACUACUAAUGAUGGUAUCAUAUUAAAUGAUCCCGAAAUAACUGAAAUUCGAAGAAAAUUUCUUACUAAUACAAUUACAUCGAUAGUACAAACAAUUCCAUCGUAUAGAAAUGAUACCAAUGAUAAUAAAAAUGAAUGCCAACAAUUCUAUAUUCAAGCAAACAAAUGGUUCGGUAGGAUAAUUCAAUUGGCAAGAGAAUGGAAUUUAGAUAUCGAUCGUAUACGUGGGCAUUAUGUACAUGAACUUUUUCUUUACGGAUGUGAUCCGUUAGCCGAAGAGCUUAUGUCUACCGUAUCGGAUACAAAAAGUUUAGGUCGUCAAUUAUUGAUCAUAUGUGGAAUACGAUUGUGUAGCGUGCUGAAUUCAAAAUUCACAUCAUUAGAUGAAAUAUCGUUUCUUGCACCGAAUGUACUAUUCUGGAUCAAAUCCUUGAUUAUUGAUCCAAAUUGUUUUACUGAUGUGCCUAAAUCAUCAACAAUUUUAUUGUUGGAGAAAAUAUCAAAUUUUUUAUAUGAUGCAGACGAUGACUUGGGAAAUUAUCGAAUCUGUGAAGAAUUAUUAUCUGCUUUCAAAAGAUUUGUUUGAAUGUUCUUUGUUGUUGUUGUUGUUGUUGUUGUUAUUGUUGAUUUGUGAAAUAACUGGAAA